UUUUAGCCAACACCAACAACCAGCAACAACACUGUUCUUCUUCCUUCCGCUCCUCUCGCGCCACUCAUCCACCCCUCAUCGAACAAACCAUGCCGCUGUGCUGCGAAAAUGACGCUCAAAACUUUGGAAUUGUGCACGGCUCGUGGGCCAAGCAAGACCAAGAGACGCUGCAGCUUUUGCUCGAAGACGUGCUGCUCAGAAAUAUGGAAGCGUCGCCCGAGCUGAGCAGCGCGUUCGGCCACGACCUGUUGGGCAGCACUGCCGGGCAGCUUUUCUUGUACAACUGCCUGUCUUCGUCCAUGUGCUGCACAAGGCGCAGCGACGACACGAGCAGUCCUGACCCACCACAUCACGCCAGGUCGGAGUUGAAGUCGAGUGGAACGGACAUGUCGGAUUCGCCGCAAACAAAGUGCACCGGCGCGCCGCUUCAGAGCGAUGGUCACACGUGCAAUCUAGACCCCAGCUGCACUGAGCACGAGUACGUAAAUGCUCGCGACUGCGAUGGGCUAACACCGCUCCACGGUGCUGCGGCCAGCGGAAGUUGGGAAACGGUGUUGUUGUUGUUGCUCCACGGUGCCGAUCCGGAUGCUCAAACUGUGCCAGGAAACUACACUUGA